UUAGAUUCCUAAAUCUAAACCAAUUACAUUGACGAAUUACUCAACUGUUGUGCAACUGUUGAGUUCGCUGAACGCACCCAUUGAUGAGUUAGAAGUAUCAUCUUUGAGUUUUUAAUUUAAUAGCAUUUUAUAAAAGAAUGUUUCAUUUUUAAUUAAGGGUUAAAGACACAAAGGAAAAGACAAUCACUUUUGGUCUCUUGAAUUUCGUAUAAUUGCAACGUGAGGAUAAAGAGCAAAUAUAGAACGGUGUAUCAAGGAUCCACUAUUUUUCAAUGUUACAAUUUAAGGACGGACAAAGGGACAAACUUACUCUGUUGUAGUACGACAACAUCGUAAAUAUGUGGACGACGAUGUGAGAUCAUUGACAAUUUCUGAAAGUUUCUCCGGAAACUAAAAACUGGAAUAAGUACAGAAAACUAAUUAAAAAAAGAAAAAGACAAAACGACAACGGUAAUAUUGUAUCUUGAAAAGGACAGAUAUCUAUAAGAGAAAGAGUAGAAACACUAUUGGAAAUUGACUCCAAUAUUUACAGGACUAAAUUUAGCCAACAAAAAUGCCAGUCUUCCAAGAAUGCGCAGAUGAAAUCGAGACGCAAACGAUUAUUGUAAUUCAUCCUGGAUCUAUGUAUCUUCGUAUGGGUCGUGCUUCAGAUCUAAAGCCAUGUACAUUAUUGAAUGCUGUAGCAAGGAGACGUUUACCAGGUGGAAUAAAAUACAGGGAUAGCUUCUUGCCACCAGUUGUACCAUUAAAUAAGGAGCUAAUGCACGGAAUGGAAGAAUCUCGGCUACAGAUCUCACAUACUUUACAAUCUUGCCUGCAAUCAGACGGGACUCGGCGAUAUGCGACUCCGCCACAGCAGUUAGCACCCUACAAUCGCAGAUCCAGCCCAGUAGUCAAUUCCUUGAAUAGCAGUAGCUGGGUAAAAGUUGAACGCGACGUAAUCGUUGGAGAUGACAUUCUUUCACUAGAUCCAGAAGAAGACUUCAAUAUUCACUUCCCAUACAAAAGGGGUGAACUGAAUGUUCACUCAGGUCCAGGCGGCAGCGUAAGGGCUGUUAUGGCAGAUUUAAAGACAAUUUGGGAAUAUGUGCUGACUGAAAAAUUAAAUAUUCCACUGAAAGAUUUGAAGCACUAUCGCGCAGUGCUCGUUAUACCUGACAUUUAUCACAGACCUUAUUUGAAGGAGCUAACGUCUUUGAUGCUGUGCGAGAUGGGUUUUGGCAGCUGUUUUUUGCUACAAGAUCAUGUUGCUGCGAUAUUCGGAGCAGGUCUGAGUUAUGCGUGCGUAGUAGACGUCGGCGCUCAGAAAACUUCAGUGUCGUGCGUGGACGAUGCGAUUUCUCAUAAGGACACGCGAGUGCGUAUGGACUUCGGCGGCGGAGACAUUACGCAGGCCUUUUUCUGGCUUUUGCAAAAGAGCGCAUUUCCAUAUAAAUCUUGCGAUCCUGCCACCAGAUCAGAUGCUAUUCUCUUAAACCAACUGAAGGAAGAUGUUUGUCACGUAGAUUUAAAUAUUUGUGGCUCGCACGAGAAAAUGUUCGUCGUUGAGAAACCAAAGCAGAAAAUUGAGAAAUAUACAUUGCAGGUGGGCGAUGAAUGCUUAAUAGCUCCUUUAAGUUUAUUUCAACCUGAAUUAUUCAGGAUUACUGGAACACACAACGCAUACGUUCAGAAACGAUCAACAGGCGAUCCGGAAGACCUUUUCGACGAAAAUUACUUAAGGGAAACUAGUAGACGAGGAAUAAAAGAAACUCUCGAGCAAACGUCAGAGAUGCAAGAAGAGACAGCUGCACCCACAGCUGCAGUCGAGGAGGAAGUUGUAGUUGAUAUGGUCAAUGAUUCUACGCCCGCUUUGUCAAAUCGAGAUUUGGAGGGUUCCCGCGAUUUCGUGGUAGGUCCACAAUACAUGUUGGGCCUUGAUCACAUAAUAUUGCAGAGCAUUGAGCGAUGCCCUACCGACGAUCUAAAGAGAAAAAUGUACAGUUGUGUGCUAGUUGUUGGUUCGGGAAUGAAGUUUAGAGGCAUUGGGAUGUGGCUUCGCAAUCGAAUAUCACUGCAAACACCGUAUAUGUACAGAGGUGAACAAUUGGAUAUUAUAACGGAACCGAAGGAAAUGGAUCCUGGCAUAACGACCUGGAAAGGUGCAGGCAUUCUAAGUUGUCUGGAGACAGCACAGGAAUUGUGGAUUCCUCGGGGGGAGUGGCAACGCUGCGGAGUCAGGAUAUUAAGAGAAAGAACUCCUUUUCUAUGGUAG